UGGAGUUACAGCUGCUGACUACAUGAUCACAUGUUCAUUGACGUGAAGAAUCUGUGGACAAUCAUUGAAUUUUUAUCAUGUUGGUUGCUAUCUUAAAGCGUUCAUUAAGCAAUAAUAAAAGUCAUACAAUCUUACGGAAUCAUGUUGCGAACAUAUUUACAACUGCAGAAAAGCGUGUCAAAGAAAUUCGAAUCAAAGAAGAUGAUGAUCAAAUCACUAUCGAAGGUUGUCGCAUAGAAUCUGAUCGCAAAGAUCAAUUGAUUAAAUUGCCACAUUCAACAUGUGCUUGCCCCUUGUGCAGACUUAAUCUUAAACGAUUAGAAUAUUCGGAUGUAUUGAUAUUAAGUCAGUUUACCGAAUCAAACGGUCGACUAAUGUCAAAGAAUGAUACUGGGCUUUGUGGUUAUUCAUAUACAACUAUAAAACGCUUGGUUAAUCAAGCACAUUCGGCUAGGCUAUUGCCAAGGCCACCCGAGUACAAAUCCUAUGGACCAUGGGACGAUCUGAAUCAUUACUAUGAAUGGCCUAGAAGAAUACGAGAUCAACCAAAAUCUGUCAUCAAAAAAGAAUAUUGGAAAUGAUUAAAUGGUUUUUUCUUUCGUUUGGUUUACCUUGAAAGUCAUUGAACUAAAUCAAUCAAUAAAAAAUAAUUGAUAGUAA